AUGGACCGGGUGCUAUGCGAUGCAAGCCGCCGCGCCCUUGGAGCGCCAUGGUCGGAGGAGGAAGUUCGGGCAGCGGUGCGUGAGCUGGCUCCGGGGAAGUCGCCGGGACAAGAUGGGCUCCCCAAGGAGCUGUUCGAACACAACUGGGAUUUGUUCGGGCCGGUGCUGAUGCAGUUCAUAGAAAGCUUCACGCGAACGGCAAAGCUACCACGAGAGGUCUCAACUGCGGUCACGAUCCUGUUGCACAAAAAGGGGAGCAAAGAGAAGUUAGGGAACUACAGGCCCAUUACUCUGCUUAGCACAGUUUACAAGGUGCUGGCGAAGGUGCUGGCCUCAAGGCUUAAAAAGGUGCUGCACGAGGUGAUCUCGGAAGAUCAGGCGGGCUUCCUACCUGGUCGAAGACUGGCGGAUGCAGUUGCUGUGGUCGCGGACGCUAUUGAGGCAGGCGCAAGCGAUGAGAAGGACUGGUACCUUCUGAUGGUCGACUUCCAGAAGGCGUUCGACUCCAUCUCAAGGGCCUUCCUUUUCCGCACGCUGAGAGGGAUGGGGGUCCCGGAGCGGUUUGUGUCUUGGGCGGAGGGCCUGCACACAGGAGCAGGAACAAGGUUACACGUCAAUGGUUGGACGGGAGAAAGGGUCGCGGUGGAAAAAGGGGUGCGUCAAGGCUGCCCGCUAGCACCGUACCUCUUCUUGUGCGCGGUGGAGCCGCUCUGUCAAGACAUUGCGAGACGCCGGCUGGGAGUAGGCGAAGAAGGCGCGGUGAAGCUAGCUUACCUGGGUUAUGCCGACGACACGUCGCUGGUGCUACAGGGAGAAGAGCAGCUGGUUGCAGCGGCUGAUGUGCUGGAAAAAUUCGGGAAAGCGUCAGGGCUGAAAGUAAACAAGGAUAAGACGGUGGUCUUCCCACUCGGGAGGAAUAGGGGGAAGUCCCCGCCGUCAGACCUGCAGUUUAAGUGGGCGGAUACGGCAGUACCGGAGAGGCUGCUCGGUGUUUGGAUCACCCCGAACGGUGACCCGCUUCCGUCCUGGGAGAAGGCUUUGGACAGGGCAAGGAAGGAGCUAGCCAAAUGGGAAAUUCAACAUUUAACGACAUCGGCGAGGGUCACGAUUAUCAACGGAUACAUAACGCCUAUCUUCAUGUUCCAGGCAUACAUUUACCCGCCGCCGGAGGGAAUAUGGACGAAGGUCAAGCGGAUCUGUCACCACUUCGUGUCGGGAGGUGAAGCGACGGAGGAAAAGGCCUUUGUCCUCUGGAACUACGAGCUGGUCUGCACGCCUCGUGAAGAGGGAGGGUUGGGGAUGAUCUGCCCCAAGAAGCGGUUCGACAGCAUAGCGGUGCAGAAUGUUGGCCGCAUGAUGCUGCAGACAAACCCCGUUAAGAAAUGGCUGACGGAAAGAGCGGCGGCGAUGCCUCUGGGCCCGGACACAAUCUAUGCCCACCAGUACCUGCUGAAGCACUGGGAAGAGGGAAGCAAGCGCUGGAAGGACAUGAUGCUGGCCUUCUGGAAAUCACCUUUCUGCGUCACCCCGGAGCCAAGUAACCGCUGGGAAGCGGAGCGGGAGCAGCUGGCUUUUAACAGACGAAUACCUUUCAGGGGGGCCAGCCCGUUCGGAAACCAACAAGGCUCGGCGAAGCUACUGGGCGUAACUCUAGGCGACCUGGUCUGGCGUCGGGCGGAUGGAUCACGGGAGCGGAAGUGUGUGGAAACUCUGACGUGUGAGCUCGAUAGCGUUGAUACGGCGAAGUUGGCGCUGAAAGCUUUCAUGGCGGCGCCUGCUGGAUGGAGAGACAUGAUACUGGCGACGUUGACAAGCGAGGAGCUCGUGGCUAAGGUCCCGCUACUGCGAUAUCAGGGGUGUAUCUCUGCGGCCCCGUCGCUUUGGAAAGUUAGCGGCGCUGCCAGCGGCAGAGUGACGGGUGUGGCGUGCCGGGAAAGCAAGGACGGUACUUUCACGGUCGGGGACGGGAAAUAUCCUGUAAAUUUCGGGCUGCACAGCGGGGAGCCGGUAGCAGCACAGGGUGAUAAGGUACUGGGGCUCAUGGGGGAGGCACGAACGAAGCUCCUACAGUCCAAGCUAACCAAGGAUGGAGGGCUUCUGGCACUAAAGGAGAUCAGGAAGGAGCUGGUAACCUCAGCAGGCGUCGUAAAGGAGCAGCGGAGGUGGAUUGGUGAUGGGAGGAUUAUUGAAUGGGAGAGGGUCAUCAAGCAGAGGGACUCUCUUGCCACCCCUGCUCGGGCAAGAGAAAUCCUGCUAAGGUUGCACUGCAGGAAUUUACAAGUGGGAGAACGGCUCUUCUUCAUGAAGGAAAAAGUGGUCUGCCCACACUGCAAAGCAGAGGAGACACCGGAGCAUUGCCUGCUCGGCUGCCCGGCGAUUCAGAGGAUAGUCCGCUUUCUGAAGAAGGGACUGGCUGAGAUGAAUCCGCAGCUGAGUUGGCAGGGCUUGGAGGACCUCCUCUUCAUGCAGAGGAGCACGAAGUCUGGCUUUCCGGAAAGUUCUUUCAUCGCCACCAUACUUCACCAGACUUGGCUGGCAAGGUGUGACGCAAGCCGCUGUGGUGUUGCACUUCAGCCCAAGAAAGUGAUACGCCUGGCAGUGGUGGAGUUUGUCGCACACGCCAGGGUGUACUGCCUGGCAAGGCAAAUGGCAGCGCGGAAGCAUGGGGUGGCGAUUGGCGCCGAUAACUGGGACUACCUGGCAACAGACGAGGCGGCGAUGAUGAGGCGAAUAUGCAGCAAAGGGGAGCAUUUCGUGUUGCGGUUACCACCGUCGCUGGCUUCGCGGAUGGACCGCGUGCUGCGGGAAGACCCCACCGCCGCCGCUGACGCUGCCAUGGAACUUUUCUUCCAAGCGGAUGGCCGAACAGGCUCCUUUGUGAUGGGCGGGGAAUCUUUUUCCGCCUCCUUAUUGGAUCUGCCAGCGGUUGUCGAAUCGUGGAAGACAUACGAUGAUAAUUCGCUCGUCAAAACGGCCGACGUGGGCCAGGUGGGACGUGGGGGUAACCAGAUGAUCGUGGUGAGGGAGCCAUCGGAGGCAGAGCGACCCAUUGAGGGACCGGAGAGCCGCAACGGCCUCACCCCGCCCAUGCGCGACGUGCGGAGGCGGCGCUUCAGGCGAGAGCCUGACCUGAACCCGGAGAUAGUGGAGGAGGUGGAGGGGGGGGUACGGGUGAUCAUGCCCCCCGUGCACAUUAUUCUUGUCAUUAUCUCCCCCUUACAACUUCUCCUCUUCCAUUUUCUCCAUUCUUUCUCUGGCUGGCAGCCGGAGAUAGUGGAGGAGGUGGAGGGAGGACCGGAGAUAGUGGAGGAGGUGGAGGGGGAGCUACGGGGAAUCAUGGCAGGAGGAGCGGCCAAAGACGUGGAUAUCCCCCUCCGCACACUCUCUUACCCUCUCGUCGCAUACUCUUCCCUACCCUCUUUCCUCACACAUCUGGAAGUGAUGGAGCAUGAGGAAGCGGAGGAAGGGGAUGAGGGGGAAGGAGGGGAGGGGGAAGGGGAGGGGAAGGGUGGAGAGGAGGAAGGAGGGGAGGUGGAAGGGUUGGGAGGCAAGAAGAAGAGAGGAGGGAAGGUUGGGGUUAGGGGAGGGGGGAGAGGAGGAAGAGGGGGGCGAGGGGGACGAGGGAGGGGAGGUGGGAGGGGAGUGGGAGCAGGGGGGAGGGGGAGAGGGAGGGGGUUAGGGAGAGGAGUGGGGAGAGGAGGCGGGAGAGGUGGGGGAAGAGGUGCGGGGGAAGGAACGGGGAGAGGAGGUGGGAGAGGGGGUGGGAGGGGGAGGGGAAGAGGGAGAGGGAUGAAGAGAAAGGAGGUUGAGGAGGCGGAGGAUACUGAGGAGGACGGGAGAGGGGGAGGGAAGAGGAGGAGAACGGAUGAAGGAGGAGAGGAUGAAGAGGGUGCAGAUGCAGGUGAACCUGAGAGGGAAAAUACCAAGGAAGAGGAGGAAGGUCAUGUGGGGGAGGAGGGAGAGGAGGAAGAGAGGGAUGAGAGGGAGGGAGGUGAGAGAGAAGAGGAACAGGAUGAAGAGGCGCAUGGGGAGGAGGCAGAAGAGGAGGGUGAUAUGGGUGGGGGAAUACCAGGUGAAGAGGACGAAGGGGAGGAGGAGAGGGAUGGAGACGAGGGUAGGGGUGGAGGGAGUGGGGCAGGAGGGGAGGUGGAGGAAGGGGGUAGUAGUGAAGAGGAGGGAAGAGAUGGUGAAGGAUUUGUGGAUGUGGACGAGGAUGAGGAAGAGCCUUAUUAG